AUGUUACUUUAGAAUAGGAUCUUUAAAAAUUAAUUCACUGUUCAAAGGAAAUUAUCUGCUGGCUCUUUUGGAAUUGUAUACCUGGGAUUAGAUUAGAAUACAAAGCAAGAAGUGGCUAUAAAAGUGGAAAGAGAGGAAAAUGAAGAUGUUCGAUCAUUAGAUAGAGAAGUAUAAAUUUUCAAACAUUUGGGUUCUAUGGAUGGCAUACCGAAAUUAAUUUGGUCAGGAGAGGAAUUUGGUUAUAAUAUAAUAGUUAUGUAACUGUUGGGAAACGACUUAGCUUAUCAUUUUAAGCAGUUGAAGCGCUUUACACUGAAGACAGCACUAUUGAUAGCUAUAUAAUUGAUUGAUGUGUUGGAAAAGCUUCAUUUUCAAGGUGUAAUUCAUAGAGAUCUAAAGCCAGAGAAUAUACUUUUAGGUUCAGGUAAAGAAAAUGGUAAAAUUUAUCUGCUUGAUUUUGGAAUCAGUAAAAUUUAUAGGGAUUGCAAUAAUAAGCAUAUGUAAUAGUAAUAAUGGAUAGUUAGUCCCUUUAGAGAACAUAGAUCAUUUUUGGGAACUACAAGGUAUGCAUCUAUUGCUGCACAUCUUGGGCAUGAAUUAAGUAGAAAGGAUGAUUUAGAGUCUAUGAUGUAUAUCAUCUUAUACUUUAUUAGAGGGUAAAUCUUAAUUAAUAUCAAGAUAGCUGCCAUGGUAAAAUAUGUUAAAUGUUACUGAUGAUGAAAGAACAAAAAAGGUAGGUGAGAUGAAAUUACUCUUACAGUAAGAAAUAUUUAGAGAUUAACCUAAAGAAUUUCAAAAGAUAUUUGAGUAUUCAAUAUACAAUGAAAUUUUAGUUACAUACGUAAAUUGCAGUUUUAAAGUGAACCAAAUUACAAGAUGAUUACAUUCGAGCUAAAAAAGGCAGCUGAAUCUUUAAAAUUAAAUCUUGAUGGAUUCUAUGAUUGGACUGAGAUUAGAUCUUCAACACAUUAUGAUUCUUUGGUUCCUCAUAAUAGCACAGAAAUGAAGAAAUCUAUUGAGAAAUAAUUGUCAGGUAUUUUGAAUUAACAAAAGUAAAAUUAUGUUUUCUAAAUGUUUAGUUCUAAUCAAUUAUUGGCUCCACCUCCACAAUUUUCAAGUAGAAAUAAUCUUAAUGGAAGAGAAGAGAAUAAAAAACCUACAUUGGCAUCUUUUUAAGGUUGUUAAAUUACAUAUUAUUUUUUAUUAGGUAGUUAACAAUGCCUAUCUGUAAAUCCAUUCUAUUCAUCUUCUAGAAAAUAUUCAGAUAAUAAUGUUGACUUUGAAACAGAUUUAAUAAGUUAUUAACUUAAUGAAUAUCUAGGAGAUAGAUGUUUAUGCUAAAAAUAUAGUAAACUCAAUUAGUAUCACAAAAAGUAAUUCUAAAAUUUUAUUUAAGUUUUCGUUUAUUAUCCAAAUAUGAUUAAUGAUUUAAAGGAAUUAUUUGUGAUACUUAUCUUAUUUCUGUUUAAUAAUAUUUAAUUUAUGUAAUUAUUAACUCUAAACUCAAAUAAUUUAAUUGAAGAAUUUCAAACUGAAAAGAAAUAUUAAGAAGAUACUAAAUAAUUACUCUAAUUGGUAUGCUAUUUCCUUUACCCUUUAGAAAGUUUAAGACUUUCAUAAGAAAAUGUAAAAAGAUAGAAAUGAAAAAUUAUUUAAAAAAAAAAGAUAAAUGGCUGUGAAUCCUCCAAUUUUAUAAGAUGAUCAAAUAUAUCCUUAUUUACUUGAUGAAAAUGAUUUUGAAGAUGAAGAAAUUUAUCAUAUGAAUAAAUUUGAAGAAAUUCAAAAAGAACUUGAAGAAUUUUACUAAUAUAAAAUUUGA